AUGGGCGCUCAUCGUCUCGGCGACUUGACCGCCGACUUGGACGAGUCGCUGGUUCCCGGCACCGUCCGCCUCGUCGACACCGAGCACACGGCCGCCGCGCCGCACGCGACCGGCUCCGGCCAGCGCGACAUCAUCCUGGUGCCGACGCCGUCGUCGGACCCCAACGACCCGUUGAACUGGUCGCCGGGGCGGAAGCGGCUGCACCUCGCGUGUCUAAUGGUCUUCGUCCUGUUUAGUGGCAUGUCCCUCUCGGUCGUCUACUCCGUCCUGGUGCCCUUGUCCGGUGCCCUCGGCGUCACUGUGGGCGAUCUCAACGCCGGCACGGGCUACAUGUUCCUCCUCCUCGGCUGGUCCCUGCUCUUCUGGCAGCCCUUUGCGUUGCAGUACGGCAAGCGGCCCGCCGUCUCCUUCUGGUCCCCCCACGCCCGCGGCGGCGGCCAGUGGAUCGCGCGCAACGUCGUCAUGGGCUUCCUCGCCUCGCCCAUCGAGUCGCUGCCCGAGACCUCCAUCACCGACGUCUUCUUCGCCCACGAGCGCGGCACCUACAUGGGCUGGUACGCCCUCGUCCUCGCCGGCUCCAACUACCUCGCCCCCGUGAUCUCCGGCUUCAUCGGCGACGCCCUCGGCUUCCGCUGGCCGUUUUACCUCAUGGGCGUCUUCUGCGCCGCCAGCGCCCUGUUCCUGCUGCUCUUCCUCGAGGAGACCAACUACGUCCGCGUCCUCCCGGGUCAGCCGCCGGCGGGAGCGGCAGUGGUGCCGAGCAAGGACGAUGGUGAGACGUGCACGGAAGACGUGGUCGGUGAGGUGGAAUACCCUCCGGCAAAGACGUUCUUCCAGAGGCUGCCGCUCUUCCGCGCCGGGGCGUUCCGCCAGCCUUGCCGGAUGCACCGCCGCGCCGCGCAGAGUCUGCGGUACCUCGGCUGGCCGACCGUCUUCUACGCGGGCUUCGCGUACGGCACGUACCUCAUUUGGUUCAACGUCUUCAACGCCACCGCCUCCGUCAUCCUCGGCGGCGCGCCGUAUCACUUCCGCCCGAGCAUCGUCGGCCUGUCCUACCUCGCCUGCCUCGUCGGCGUCGUCGUCGGCGCCGCCUACACGGGCGUCUUCUCCGACCGCUUCGUGCUCCGCGCCGCCCGCCGCAACGGCGGCGUCUACGAGCCCGAGCAGCGCCUCUGGCUCUUCGCCGCCUCGGCUGUGCUGACCCCGGCCGGCCUGAUCCUCUGGGGCGUGGGGGCCGCUCAUGGCAUCCACUGGUUCGGUCUUGUCGUCGGCAUGGCCAUCCUCGCCUUCUGCAGCUGCGUCGGCAUCACACUGUCCAUCGCCUACCUCGUCGACUCCUUCCGCGACAUCUCCGGCGACGCCCUCGUCACCCUCAUCCUCAUCCGCAACACCAUGAGCUUCGCCAUCGGCUACGGCAUCACCCCCUGGCUCGACCACCUCGGCCUGCAGAACUGCUUCAUCAGCGUCGCCUUCGUCGCCCUCGCCAUCUGCAGCACCUUCCUCCCGAUGAUCUGGUACGGCAAGAGGCUGAGGGCGGCCAAGCGCGAGAGCUACUGGAACGAGGUAAAGAUUCGCAUUGCUUCGAAUGAAUAUUAG